CCAAAACAUUCCGCGAUCUAUCGCUCAGACUCGGACGCCAUUUUUAGAGUAAGUUUGUUGGCUUUCUUGGGUUUAAAAAUGCUGUAAAACACGGAUUAAAACGAUCAAACCUGAAAAACAGUGUGACAUCAUGGCAAUUAUUAAUAAGUGUUGCUGUUUUAAUAAUGUUCGCUCUGGUUCCUUCGCUAGUGGAAUCUACACAAUUAGCUAUGCCUUUCUUGGGUUCAUCUACUUUGCAUACAACAUCGUCGUUACUGCACAUGUUAGUAAUGAAAACAGUUAUUUCAUCACUUCGAUCGUGGGGAUGAUAGGCUGGGGUCUGGCCUUCAUUACGGCUAUCUUCAUGAUGAUUGGGGUAUACCAAGACCUGAAGGGCAUGCUGAUCCCAUUCAUCAUAGUCAAGAUCUUCAUCAUCCUGGUCCAGUGUAUAAUAUUGAUACUGUACAUUGUUAGUCUUGUGCGUGUGUUUUAUUGGUAUUACCUAAUCUUCAGUCUACUGCUGGUUGCCAUAAUCAGCAUCAACAUAAUGUGUCUACUAUGCGUGGUGUCUCAGUACCAGGAACUCAAGGCAGGACGCGGCACGGCACUAGAUUAGGCGAUCUCUCUGUCCCCGGCCGAUAGGGGGAAUUCAACAUUUUAAGCAGACACGAGUAGGCCCAAUAGUGUUUCUGGUUUUCUAAUAAAAAAAAUUCUUCCUUUUCUUCAAACAGAAUGUCAGUGUUCUAUAGAGUUCUAUAAAUGCAUACCUGCAACUGUUCAGACCUUUUUGUGUUGUUUAGAUUUUUGAGAUCAGGUCGCCAAAUUUCUGACGAGACAUCAACGAACAAGAUCCAAAAGUUCUGUCAAAAGAGGAUGCCAUUUGCUUGUGACCGUAGAGAUUUUCGAAUACGGGAUACAAUGAUUUGUUUGUACAUUGUUUGAACUGCAUACAUGUGUGUAUGCAAUAGCUUUAUUUGCAUGACUUCUUGCGUCGUUAUCUAAUGACUCAUAAAACUGCUUUUCCUAUUUCUGAGAAUUGAGUGUUGCCAUGCAGGUACGAAAAUGUGUUCCUGAUUGGUUCACAAUUACAUUGUGAUAAGCUAUCACAAACAUGGUGUAAGCAUCCUUCGAGCUGACUUCGUCUGAAAUGUCCCCGUUGAUUAGAAAUGAAAACGUUUGACUCUGAUUUCUGACGGUUUGUGUCCGUUCCCGAGUACCAGAUAAGCGGUUAGGUUCAUGACGUCCUUUAAAAAAAAAUACAUUUGACAGUUUGUUUUGCUGUUUUCUCAACAAGCAUUCAGCUGAAAAGUCAUAUGUGACUUUUAUUGUUUCGUUGUUAAUGAUGUUGCCAAUCAAUCGGCAAACGUUUAACAGAAUCAAUUUAUGAUUCUGCCUUUAAAUUGGCACAAGGCAUUGGUUUACAGACAGUCGUUUAGCUGCCGUGUUGGAAUGACAGAAGACGUGUUGAAAUGUUGAAUGUGUUUUGCAGUUACUGGGCACCUCCGAAAAAAAGCUUAUCGCCAUAUGAGCUAAUUAUAAAAACAAAACAACUUUAAUCUUUUUUAUUUACAAAUUAUAUGGUGCUCUGAUGGUUAAAGCGUUUAUGGGUAAAACAUUAAUGUAACUGUAGUCACACGAAGUUUAGGAGUUAAGAAAUGCAGAAUUAAUUACAGGUUGAUAGAAGUAGUGUGGUUUUAUUCCUUGUUUGGAGAUGUUUUUACUACAGUUUUAGUAUUUAUACUAUCUUUAUGUGUUUUGUGUGUGAUUUGAGUAUGUGCUGGAUUGAUUUUUGUUUUUGGUUUGUUGUUAACUUUAUCGAUGUAUAUGUAAAUAAAACAAAAUGCAAGUAUAAUCCUGCAACAGUGCUUGCAGGAAUAAUUUGAUGAAGUGUUAUAAACAACAAGACAAUGAUGCAAUGUUCUAGAUGCAAUUGUGGGAAUUUGUUUUGACACAUGUACGGAAGAGCCAUUCUACAAUCUCUAAGGCUGUAGACAUCCAAAAGUGGAACAAUGGGUGAUUUUGACCAAAAUCACAUAGUAUCUAAUCGUUUAAAAGUUGUUAUUGUAUGACAUAAUGUUUAAUUUGGAAACAAAACUCACAGUCUACUAAGAGCGUUGUAAAGGAUAAGAAGUCAAAUAUUCAACUUUUGGUGCGUUAUCAACCAAGACUCUCCAAAAGCAACUCCCAUUGGCUUCUUGUGAACAUUUGAGCCAGUAUGUGUGAAGUGAAUAUGGAACAAUAAUACGUGUGAAUUGUAUAAUUGACCCAAUUUAAUAGGGUUGCUCGCGUGCGUACAAAAUUGUGCUAAAAGUUAUGGUUACAAACUAAAAGAACGCAAAAAAAUAGUUAAUGGUCUGACGUUUCGACUCUAACUAUUUUUUGCAUUUAUACCAUCGGUCCAUUUGGUUGGUAAGUUGUUUGCAACAUCUAAUUUUAUUUUCGAAACUAAAAGAACAUGAGACAAGUACCAUUUUCUGAGUGGUAAAUUGCUCAUGUUUGAUGAACCAGGAAACUGUUAAAGGCAGUGGACACUAUUGGUAAUUGCUCAAAAUAUUCAUAAAACCUUUCUUGCUAACGAGUAUAAUGGGGAGUAGAGGUUGGUAGUAUAAAACAUUGUGAGAAACGGCUCCCUCUGAAGUGACGUAGUUUUGAUUUCGAUACAUCUGUUAGCUGGUUGUACAGCAGCUAACAGAUGUAUUUAAAUCAGAACUAUGUCACUUCGAAAAACUACGAGACCUUUAGACUUAGAGUUUCAGGUCUCGAAAUCAAGCAAGCAUAUGAAAGCACACAACUUCGUGU